AGCGCGAGCGAGACGAGCAAGCUAAUCGGGCGCGCCGAGAUUCGUGUCUCCCCGUGCCGGCACCGUCUCACGCGAUCACGCCUCGCCGCCACAUCCCGGGCCGCGCUGCCGCCGGGUAGCGCCCAUACGAACACCUCUCGGCUCGAAUCUGUCCGUGUGACACACAGCCUUACCGCCCGCCACCGCGAGAUGCCUCGGAAGUCGUCCAAGGCGAGGGGGGCGGCCGCGCAGGGCCCCUCUGGUCCCACGCCGUGGCCGCCCCUGAAGACCGACGCCCCAAACCCUACCCCCGCCGCCGAGCUCCCCCACGCCGCCGCCGGGACGUCCGCCGCCGCCGAGGCCCUGGAGCGCCUCCACAUCUCCGAUGCUUCUGAUGGCUAUCCGCCGGAGCCGCCGCCUCCCGAGCCCGAGGCCCCUCCACCGCCUCGGCCGCCGAUGGAGGCGUCGUCAUCUGGGAGGGCUGCGGCGGGCCGGAGCUGGGAGGAGGAGGCUGUAACGAAGCUGCACGAGCUGGCUGGGGUUGGUGUGGAGGAGGUGGAGUUGACUGAGGAGGAGGCGCGCGCCAAUGAUCAGAGGCAGGAAGACGAGAUCUGUGCCUUGGAAGCAAUUUUCGGAGACACUGUAGUUAUUUUCAACAAAAAGGGAGGCAAGCGGUCUUUCCAGGUUCAUGUGCAUAUCGAGAUUCCAGACGCUAUAGAUGUAACGACAAGGCUCAGUUAUGCUGAUGAGGUAUUAAAAUAUGGGGCAACAUGUGAUGCUGAUGCUGAUUUCCUUGUUUACAAGUUUAGAGUUGAGCAUUUGCCUCCAAUCCUGCUGACAUGUCUCCUGCCUUCAUCAUACCCAAGUCAUUGCCCUCCCCUUUUCACUAUCUCCAUGGAAUGGCUUGACAAAGGGAUGAUAUCGUCAUUAUGUCGCAUGCUUGAUAUAAUUUGGGAAGAGCAACAGGGCAUGGAAGUAACAUAUCAAUGGGUGCAAUGGCUCCAAACUUCUUCCCUUUCUCACUUAGGGUUUGAUGAUGCUUCGCCAGAUGUUAUAAUUCCAAGGAUGAUGAGAUACAAUGAUAAUAAGCGUCAUGAAGCUUUCUUACAUGCUAUCCAUGACUGCAUGAUUUGUUUCAGCGAGUUUCCUGGUGUUGAUUUCAUCAAACUUCCAUGUCAUCAUUUCUUUUGCUGGAAAUGCAUGCAAACAUACUGCAAAAUGAAUGUCAAGGAAGGAAAUGUAGUGAAGUUGCGAUGUCCUGAUACGAAAUGUGAAGGUGGUGUUCCUCCUAAUAUACUAAAAAGGCUUCUUGAGGAGGAAGAAUUUGAACGUUGGGAAGGAUUACUACUCCAGAGAACUCUUGACGCCAUGAGUGAUGUUGUUUAUUGUCCGAGAUGUCAAACUGCUUGCUUGGAGGAUGUAGGUAAUGAAGCAGUGUGUUCAAGUUGUUUAUUCAGCUUCUGCACACUUUGUAGAAAUCGCCGUCAUGUUGGGGAGCAAUGUUUGUCUCCAGAAGAAAAACUUCUUAUUUUGGAGAGUCGCCAAAAAUCUGGACAAGUGCAAGGAGAUCAGCAGAAGAUUCUAGAGGAACUACGCAGCCUGAAGGAAAUUAUGAAGGAUGCAAAACAGUGCCCAAAAUGCAAGAUGGCCAUAUCUAAGAUAGAAGGAUGCAAUAAGAUGGUUUGUUGGAACUGUAAGGAGUACUUCUGCUAUCAAUGUAAUCAUGCAAUUACUGGAUAUGACCAUUUCAAGGGUGCAUGCGUGCUUUUUCCUCAGGAGGAAAUCGACAGAUGGGAAUUGCAAAUGAAUCAAAGGGUCCAGCGCCAAGUGGUUGCACAGGCGCAUGCUGAAAUGUAUGCACAGCAUGGUCAAGGUCAUCCUUGUCCUACAUGCCGUCAACCAUCUCCAAAGAUCGGAAACAACAACCACCUCUUCUGUUGGGCAUGCCAGAAGCAUUUUUGUGCCCUGUGCCAGAAGCCUGUCCACAAGACCGCACAGCAUUAUGGUCCCAAAGGAUGCAAGCAGCAUUCAGCAGAUCCCUGAAUGAGCUUUUCCCAUAUGUGCAACAACACCGUGACGCCAGUGCAAUUUCCAAACGUUCUGUGCAUGGACACAUAUAUACCUGUCCCAGGAUGCACUUUACUCCGACGAUUCCAGGUUUUGGCAGGGAGCAUGUUUUCAAGUCUCCAACCUUCUUGUGUCCACAGUUUCAGCUCCGCUUCGUGAACAGAGACCUGCGCCAUUCAUUCCGCUCCGCUUCGUGUUCAGGAUGCCGAUUACCCCCUCACAGCAUAUACAAAAACCAAUAAUACCUUGCAAAAAUUCUUUGGAGAGAUCAGCGUAUUUGUUGUUCUGUUGUGAUUGCUGUUGUGCCAAUUCUGAAGAAACUUGCAGUAUCAAGUUACAUUUUUUAUCUUUAAAUUGCAAUUUGUCACCUUCAGACCUGUGUUUCAGUGAAUGUCUCAUUGCUCGAA